AUGUCUCUUAUAAACCGUAUUUUUCCAUCACUUGCGCAAGAUCUUAAACUUUUGGAACUUGAACCAUUUUUCUCUCCAACAUCACGCAUUACAAGAACCUCUAAUUUUCCUAGUGCAUCCUCCGUUUUAAGCGGUUAUUUUCGUCCGUCGGUUGAUGUUUCUGAAACUGAUAAAAAUUAUAUCAUAGAAGCAGAGGUUCCUGGCAUGAAAAAAGAUGAUCUUUCGGUUGAAUUCGUUGAUAAUACUUUGACCUUAAAAGGAAAAGUUGAAAGAUUUAAUGUUCGUGGUGAUGAUCAAUUAAGAACUGUCGAUACGACGCAGUCUAGUGGUGAAACAAAACCAGCUAAUACUACAACCAGUGACGUAGUCGAAAGUGAUCGAGAAAGUGCGUCCGUCGCAGAACCUACUUAUUGGACUAGCGAAAGAGUUUUAGGAAGUUUUCAACGUUCUUUUACACUUCCUAAUAAUGCUGAUAAGGAUAAUGUUAAAGCGCAGUAUAAAGAUGGAAUUUUGUCGAUCACCAUUCCUAAAAAGUAUCAAAAAUUUCUCGAUGAAGUAACACCAUAUGUGACUUAUAGAUGGAUUGCCACUACGCUUCUAGGAUUAUUAUUUAUGAUCCGCAUUAUUUCAGUGCAAGGUUUCUAUAUAGCAUUAGGAAUUUAUCUUCUUAAUCUGUUCCUUGCAUUCCUGCAACCUAAAUUUGAUCCUUCAUUGGAGAUGGACAUUGCAGAAAGUGAGGUGGAAGAAGGUCCUUCGCUUCCAACAAAGGCUGACGAAGAAUUUCGGCCAUUCAUUCGUCGACUGCCUGAAUUUAAGUUUUGGUAA